AUGAAAACAAUCAUAUUCCUCUUCAUCUCACUCACAAUGAUCACUUCAACUCCAUUAACAUGUUCAGAAGCUUUGACAACCGCAGAAUGCACAAACAUAAUCAAUGGAAUUCAUGAAUGUAUUUGGCAUGAGAAUUAAUGUUAAUUAAAAACCUGCCAAAAUUCAUAAAUUCCAUGUGAUGGAUUAGUCUAUUAAGGAGAACUCUGUUCCAAUUCUUAAUAAGGAUGCUAAUCUGUCAAAGAAUGUUCAGAUAUUGACAAUUAAGAAUCAUGUUCUACUCUCAGACCCUAAGGAGUAGAAUGUCAUUGGGAUCAAUAAUGCAAAGUCAAAAAUUGUUCACAUAAUACUAAAUCAAAUUGCAAAUUAACUAAUUCAGAGAAAUGCAUUUAUUAGAAUGAAAAAUGCUCAUCAAUUAACUAAUGUUCUGAUAUAGUUGAAAAAUCAAGAUGCUUGGUGUCUCAAAUCUAAGGAUUGGAUUGCAUUUGGUCUAAUGAUUCAUGUCUGACAAAUAAUUGCAAAGCUGUCCUAAAUAAGGAAGAAUGUUUUAAAAGUGUUAGAAAUUCAGAAAAAUGCUUUUACACUCAAAAUAGAAAUGGCGACAAUCAUUGUUUGAGUUGCUCAUAAUUAGCUGAAGAAUGCAAAUGUAAUGAAUAUGGUAUUUUUGGAUGUCAAUGGUAAAAUAACUCUUGCUUUGAAGCUUCAUGUAAUUAAUAUACAAAUGAGAUAUCCUGCACUCAUGAAUCAGAAUGUGUUUGGUAUAAACCAAUGAAUAAAUGUGUGACAACUCAGGAGGCAAAUUAAUAUGACAGAGCCUGCGACAUUUAUAUAUAUGGAUCUAUUUUACACAUUUGCACACUCUUGAUUCUAAUAGUUCUUUGGUGAUUUAUCAAAUAUUAUUUCUAUAUUAAAAGUUAAUCUAUAUAUAGAUAUUUA